AUGCUUCGCGCUUCAGCUGUCACUAGCCCGGCUAAGCCUGUGCCUCCGCCGAAAACCUUUCGUGUCUUGGGAGAAAACAUACACGAGAAGUCGGUUACCUACAAGGCCAUAUCCCCAGAGCCGGUGAAGGCGCCGGUACUCGGCCAACCCUCACCUCGUCAGCCAACAUCCUCCGUCUCCUCGUACGGUGGGCUCGGUUAUCGUUUUGCUAGCGUGGAGCGACUGACACAACGACAUAAACUCUAUGAUAAUAACCUUGUCCAGAAUGCAUUCUUAACCGAAAUAAACAGCUCUUCAAGAGCCUCGUCACCAAGUCUGACUUUGUCAUAUAAACGGGAGAUUUCCCGCCCAGAUGGAUGUUCCAGCGUCACUACGUCAACGUAUAAUGUACCACCUACUGCCACUACGCCAUAUUCCUCUUCUGAGCCAUUGAAUUCUACAAAAGAGAGUUUCUUGACUAAAGAGAGGGAGAAAGAAACGGUAUCUUUAAAGGACAUGAAAGGCUACGUAGGGUUUGCCAACCUUCCUAAUCAAGUGUACAGAAAGGCUGUCAAACGUGGAUUUGACUUCACUCUCAUGGUAGUAGGUCAGUCAGGUCUGGGGAAGUCUACUCUCAUCAACUCCAUGUUUCUUACGGAUAUCUACUCCAACGAGUAUCCAGGCCCUUCCCGAAGGAUAAAAAAAACAACACAAGUAGAAACACACACAGUCUUCCUGCGAGAAAAUGGUGUUAAUCUAACUCUUACAAUAGUAGACACACCAGGUUUUGGAGAUGCAGUAGACAAUAGUGAAUGUUGGCAGCCUAUCGUAGACUUCAUAGAUACCAAAUAUGAGGAUUUCUUGAAUGCGGAGACUCGAGUCCAUCGUACCACAAUAGCAGAUUCACGAGUUCACUGUUGUUUGUACUUCAUUAGUCCUGGACAUGGUUUGAAGCCUUUGGAUAUAGAGUUCAUGAGAAGAUUACAUGAAAAAGUAAACAUCAUUCUUCUUGUUGCUAAAGCAGACACAAUGACUUCAGAAGAAUGCAAUCAGUUUAAAAAAAGAGUGCUAAAUGAAAUUGCACGAGAAAAGAUUCGCAUCUAUGAGUUUCCAGACUGUGAAGAUGAAGAAGAACUUAAAAUUCAGAAACAUCUGAAAGAACGAGUACCAUUUGCUGUAUUGGGAAGCAAUGUAACCAUAGAAUUCAAUGGUAAAAGAGUGAGAGGCAGGAAGUAUCCUUGGGGUGUUGCAGAAGUGGAAAACUUGGAACAUUGUGAUUUUCUAGCCCUCAGGAACAUGCUCAUAAGAACUCACAUGCAAGAUUUGAAGGAUGUAACCAGUAAUGUUCAUUAUGAAAAUUAUCGAUGUUUGAAAUUGGCUGGAGUUCGUUGUGAUGGGAAACCAGAGGCUUUAGAAAACAAAUUAAAUCUUAUCUUGGAUGGGAGAGACUCUCUGUUGGGGGAUUCUACUCCCACACCACCACCACCACCACCAUCCCAGUAG